GGGGGAGCCGCGGGGCCUGGAGCGGGGUAGGCUGCGCCCGUACUUAAGCGCGCUGCCCGAGCCGCUGACGUCUUUCGAAUUGGAGACGGGCUCCCCCGCUCCCGCCCCGGGCUCCAGCGGACACGGCCGGGGACGGAGCCAAGGGACGAGUGUCUGUCUAGAAUGUCCAGGCAUGCAAAAAAGCUUAGAGAUCACGAUAUAAAUCCAUGUCUAGCGGAAACAGAUGCCACUACAAAAUGUAUGAAUGACAACAACUAUAACAAGGAUAUGUGUACUGAUUACUUUUUGAAGUACAAAAACUGCAGAAAAUUCUGGCAUGGAAUUAUGAUGCAAAGGAAGAGAAAUGGUGUGAAACCAGAGAUGCCCUCAGCAGAAGAAAGAAAGACAAUCUUGGAAUCAAUGGGGAAGCCCUACUGACUAGAAAUCUGAAUUGAUUGACUUGUUGUCACUGUACAUAUGAAGACUUGGCAGCAGCAAGUUACCAUUUUAUGAACUGGAUUUUACAGUUGCCAUAUGUUGGAUUAAAAUAAGAUCUUAAAUUUUGAAAUGUGGGAGCUUUCUAGGAUAGAAUUUCCUGGGUUUGUUCCUACUUCCUGUCAUAGGAACCUGGCCUCUUUUAUUGGAAGAUACGGGUCUCAAUGCAACUUGUGUAGAAACUUUUGGAAGUAGAAACUACCUUGCUGUGAAAUGCUAAAUAUAAAAUCAAUGGGACUUGAAGAAAGCCUGUUUGAAAACAUGGGUUGGUGAGCAUUGCAGUGUUGUUCUAAGGCUGGAGCAAGUCGAGAAGCUGGUACAUGCAACAUAUUUCUUGCACUCAGCUGUUCUGCUCAAUAGUAUGGAUUUACCAUGUGUGAUUUUAUCACUAUUUUCACAUGUUGAAUUCUGUGUCCCCAGUUUAAAUAAGACUGUUCAUGAACUAAAAUCCUAAGUCCAACAAACCUGUUACUGGGUCUGCCACUGCACUUGCCAGUGACAGAAGAAGCUUGCAGUAAGUCAGAUCUGUGUGCUAGUUAGAAGAUCAGUGCUAGUUAGGAGGUUAGAGAGAUGGGUGAAGAUAAAACUGAGCUCCUCAGGUCUGAGCUGCAUAGUAAUUUCUCUGGAUAGUAAAUAGAUACUUUGGUGGCGGGCAGGCAGGGGGGACUUGCAGACAUGUAAACAGAUCCUCUGAGUGACAUGGCAGGUUUAACUAUAGCACAUCUAUCUAAGACUCUGGACAGCUGAAACCUGGGGUUUGGAAAUGCUUACUCAUACGAGAUUACAAAGCUCAGUUUAAACAGGUACUCUAAUCUUAAAUAAGGUUGAUUCUUUAGCUAAAUUGAACAACUAAUAAAUGUAAACAUGUUGCUGUCUAGUGGAAACAGUGUUUUUUACCUUUUAUCUUCUGGUGUCCUGGCUUAAAAGCUUGUAUCCCGUGAUAAAACAGAAAAACUACUGUCAUGAGCUCAGGUUCCAUGUGAAAUCCUUUAGUUCUUACUGAGAUCAACUUGGCAGAACUCUGGCUGACCUCAUGAAGGAUAGUGUAAAAGUGUUGUCUCUCUAUUUAGACUUUUUGGAAAGACUUCAUGGCUUUCUGUUUCUCCUGUCUGGCUUGUCUUGUUUCUUUCCACUGUAGGCCUAUUUCUUUGCUUGCUGUGAUUUUAGGCUGUUUCCUUGUUGUUUGAUCUGACUAGCAACUCCACAAAAUCUGCUUUUGCUCUUCCUUUCUGCUCUCUGUUUACAUCUGAGUUUUGAAAUUGAUUUAUCCUACCCUCUCUGUUGGAAUGAGUGUGUAACUCUAUGCCUUUUGAGUAUGCAGUACUCCAAGCAAAGCUGUACAGCCUUCAAACAUGUCACAAGUUCUCUUGUCGGUUCCUGGCAAGGAAAAUGUACUUUCUUCCAUCAAGACCAUAACAUUCUUUAUUUCAAAUUACUUUCUCUUCACCUAAAGUGCAAACUUUGACAUUUUCCUCUUUUUGUAGUUGGGGUUUUUUACUGUUGUCUCUAGUUGUUUGUUUUUUGGUGGGAGUUUUUUGGGGAUUUUUGUUUGGUUUUGUUUUGGGGGGUUUUUAUAAUUUGUUUUUGUUCCCCUGUGUGUGGAGCUGAAUAAACUUUCAUUCUAGAUUCAAGGGCUUGCUCUUUUCUGCCACAUCCUUGCUAUCUUUUAAUACCCUCCUACAUACCAGUCUUUCCUCAUUUUUUUGCCCAUUUGACACCAGUUCUUUUUUGACUUUAACAUUUUGGUCUCUUCUCAUUGCAGUUUUUUCUAGUACCUUUGUUUCAUCUCUGAUCUAAUGGUAUAGUCUUGCAGUGACUUUCUAAUACAGCUCCUUUUGAAGGUUGUGUGUUCUCUGUUCUCUUUAAUAGUGAGAAAACUUCUUGCUUUCAUUAAACUUAGCCAUAAUACUUCCUCAUUAACCAUGCCUCUCUUUGAUCUUCUUGUUCAUCUGCAAAUUUUGGGGAGCUGUUGUUCUCUUCCUUAGGGCUGUGUCUCUUCAGACUCUUCUGCCUUUGCUGCCUUUCUGGCUUUUUGCCUCCCUUGGUGUGUCUAAGGGCACCUUCUCUCCUACUUGGCACAGGUUUGUCAUUUGCCACCUCUGCUGUAUCUUGGGACAUGUUCUUUGCUCCUAUGGCUUUAACUACUAUUCUAGUGCUUGCUGUUUUUCUGUUGCUGUGCUCUUAAAUUCUAGACUUAUGUUAAAAUCUACAGUAUAUUUUAUGUGCAAGAAAAAAAUCAUCUUGUUCUUGAGGUGGAUAUGCCCAUUCUUCUUUGCAUAAGCUCAAGUUCCUUAAAAUUGCCUCAUUUAUCCUAGGAUUUCCUUUCAGGUCUCCUUUGCAUAUAGAAAUGCUCUUUCUCUUAGGUUAAUUGUUGCACUUAUAAGUUGCUUGUUUGUUUUUUUUUUCCCCGACAAUAUUUGCUCAGGAAGCUUCCACUAAUGUUAUUUCCUUUUAAAGGAUGACUGGCCUAUCUUUUGGCAUUGAUAGGUACCCUGUGCUGCUUUGUAAAGUGUUUGUAAAGAACUAGUACUGGUCUUCAAAAAAUCAGAGAAGAUGCAUCACUGCUUUCAGGUGUCAGUGCCAGAAUGUGGGAUCACAGGAUGGGCUAAGGCACAUGUAAUGCAGGAACAGUAGUCUAACAUCAGAUUUCUAAUCAUCAGUGGAUGUUCAUGUGCAAGGCCUUGUCUGGCUCAGAGUCUUCUGCUACCACAAUUGGGAUGAGUCUGUGCUCUUGGAGAUCUUCAAAGGAAGUUCACAGAAUUGCAGAGUAUGCUGAUUUGGAAAAGACCCACAAGGAUCAUUGAAUCCAAGUUGUCUAGCUCUAGAGUCCUGAAAAUUUCUUUGGAUUUAGCUGAAGCGUUUGAAAGGCAAGGAGUUGAAUCAACUGCUGCUCCAAGUCUCUUUCAUGAUCUUGUAAUGGAACUUUUGCACUCAGGUGAUGAAAAACAUGUACAUAGAUGAGCUUUUGGUAAAACUUUUGCAGAACAGAUAAGAUGAAUUUAGAGUACAAAACAUUAUGCUGCUCUAAUGCAUUUGGAGACAGCCCUUAACUCAUGUUAAAAGUAUCUGCAUCUUUAAAGUCAGUCUUCCAAAAUAGCCAUGAAAGAAGUAAUUAUUGUGUGGGAAAACACCAUUGCAAGCUUUUGUUUUCUUGGAAGAAUCUCAGGCAACUGGAAGAAAUAGUUCUGUAAGUAUUAAAGUAGUAAAAAGUAAAUCAAGCUGGCUACUCCAGAAUAUUUUAAUUUUUAUUGCAACCUAUUUGAUAUGAAGGAGAAAAAUGGAAGUACUGCAUUUAUAUUAACUAAAUGCAGUGGAUCAUUUAAUUGCUUUAUGAUAUAUAUGAUACCAUAUGUAGUAACUCAAACCAUCGGAUUGUGAGUAAGUAAUUUUUCUGUUCUUCAGGCUUCUACCUUGAUGACUCCUAUCUCAAAAUCCUUUUUUGGAAGAAUGGUUCUGAAGAUCCUCAAUCAUUACUUGCUCUUAAAAGUCCCACUACCCUUGAGCUGUGUCUUUACCUGUUUUACUUCAAUAAACUGCUAUGCACUGCAAA